AAGGCCUGCACACACCUGUGCAAUCAUUAUCCUGGCCAUUUCCAAAACCUGGUCCCAGGAUUGGAGAUUUCAUCCCUCCCAGAUCUCUUUGAAAUCUCCAGGCUCCAGAUCCCAAAGCAGACCUUACAAACAAAGGAGGAAAGUGAAAAGCCACUUUCCUCUGUAUCAAACACUUACCCUGGAGCCCCUCAACCUGCCUUGUUGAGAAUCCUGGGUGACAGAUCGCCACACUGUCACUAUAUAUACACACACACAUAUAUAUAUAUAUAUAUAUAUAUAUAUAUAUAU